GUGCAACCAGUUCUAUUCUCCAGAUGAUUGGUUGUGGUUUUCUCAAGGAUGUGACAUCACUGCAGCUUUUUUAUAUUUUUGUGUGAACUGGCUGGCUUUUCAUGAAGUUUGGGACUGAUCUAAAGAGGGAUGAGUGCUCAGUGCCUGCUCUCAGGUUACACAGGUAUUCCUGAGCUCUGCACUCAGCUAUGAUCUGCCUCUUCCCACGGGACUCCACUAAUGCUAUACUGUACGUCACUCAGGUAACCGGCCCCAUAUAUACUCAGGGGGACCAGGACUCUCAAGGUGUCACAAAGAUUUUAUCAUAAACUGAGGAUGGAGUCUGAAGGUGGUGGACGUUCUCACGAUGAUGGAGGUCGGUCAAUGAUGACCUAUGUCUCUAACCCUCUGAUGAGCGAUUUUGCAUCUGAUUGGUCUCUAUUACAUGAAGCAUCAAUCCAUGGUCGACAAGUAACUUUAAAUAAAUUAAUUAACCAGGGAUACAGUGUAAAUCUGAUCACAGCAGAUCAUGUGACUCCACUUCAUGAAGCUUGUCUUGGUGGCCACCCUGACUGUGCCACAAUCCUGCUGAAACAUGGAGCAAAGGUCAACAUCCCCAACGUUGACUGGAGAACGCCAAUAUUUAACGCUUGUGUCAGCGGCAGUGUGUCCUGUGUGAAGUUGCUUUUACAGCAUGGUGCCAGUCCACAUGCAGCAUGUGAUGUGGCAUCACCAAUUCAUGAGGCAUCUAAGAGAGGCCACACAGAGUGUGUGGAGUCUCUUUCAAAGGCUGGAGUCAGUAUAGACCAAUACAUAAAUCACUUGGGUUCACCGCUGUAUGUUGCUUGUGAAAAUGGAAAGGUGGAGACAGCCAAAAGACUACUUGAGCUGGGGGCAAGUGCAAAUGUUGGUAAAGAGUUGGACACCCCAUUACAUGUUGCUGCAAGAAAUGGCAACGCAGAACUGGCAAACCUUCUCAUUGACUAUGGUGGAAAUACGCAAUCUAAAAAUGCAGAUGGGAAAGGGCCUUCAGAAGUUGUCCCACUCCACAGCACUUUGCACCAACUCUUUGUAAAAAGAGAAGGGCCGCUGACUUUGAAGCAGAUAUGCCGCCUCUGUAUUAGGAAGUGCUUUGGACAAAAACAACAUGGUAGAAUUUGUCAGCUUUUGCUCCCAGACAUUGUAAAGCAGUAUCUCCUACACCAGUAGUUUGUACAUGCAGUCCAUUGUUUUACUGUUGUACUGACUAUGAAAGUUGUAAUGAAAAAUUACGUCCUGAUUUGACUUGAACUAUUUUUGUAGACCUGCUGUGUUUUAAAUACACGCUAUAA